CGUGGUGCUCCGUAUCUGUGAUAAAACCAGUGACCAUUUACCCCUAAAAAACGUACCCAGAUUGCAAAUCUACGAGUGAUACCAAGCAGAAUGUUAUCCACAUCAAUCCCGAAGCUAGGGGACAUCGAUAAUCUACAGCACAUCAUCCAAUCCCGCUGGACGGAAUUACACGACCACCAGCCGGAGCAGGGAGUUUUUCGCUAUCGGCUGACAAUCGAACGGGAGAGAGUGACCGACGACGGGAGAUGCGGAUUUCUCUUGCAGCUAAAUCGCAAACGUACGACGGAGCGCCGCAAGCCGGACAUCAUGGCGAGUGUUGUUCCUGCCUUCGAUCCCACUAGGUUCAACUUCAAUAAAGUCAAUUCCAGGGAGGUUUUGCUGGAAGUUAGAUGCGGAGGUAGCUUGGUCUCGAUAUUGAUCAACAACAGUCCACUGACGAGCUACCACUCGCUGAUAGUGCCCGAUCGGGAUCGAAACUUACCACAAGUUUUGACCCAAGAAAGCUUGGACGUAGCAGUAAAUCUUCUGUUGCGACUAGAAGAUCGAAACUAUCGGAUCGGUUACAACAGCCCGGGUGCUUUGGCCUCCGUUAACCAUUUGCAUUUCCAUUUGAUGCACCUCACCCACAAGCUUUACGUGGAAGAUGCGCCCGUCACAGCUUUGGCCCAUCAUCUCUUCCGUCUGGACAACCAUCCAGCUAGGGCGUACUGUUUCCUUCUUCAGCCCAACACCCCACCAACGCACUUCGCCCAGCGAAUUUACCGUCUAAUAACCAUCCUCCUAUCGGGCAACAUCGCUCACAAUCUGCUUCUUACGUGGAAUGGUUCGAGGGACACGCUCCGGGCGUUGAUUUACCCCCGCCUGAGGCCAUGUGAGAACAAACAGGUGUCCCCAUUUAAUGUGGCCUUCUGUGAACUCAGUGGCUUCGUUCCUCUCGGCGAUGAAUCGGAUUACGAACGACUGGACGAACUCCAACUGGCGACGUACUUCCGAGAGGCUCAAGGCAUCGAUGAAAACCUUCACCACCAGUUGGAUCAGACAGUACUGGAUGGAUUAGGAGAGGACGAAGGAUGAAGUGAUUCG